GGCGGGACUCAGCCGAUCUGCCAUCCGUCCAGAGGAGACAUCGGGGACAGCAGCCAUGCGGCUGACCGUGCUGUGCGCCCUGUGUCUGCUGCACAGCGGGCUGGCCUCACCGCUCCCCCGGGAGGCUGGGGGCAUGAGUGAGCCACAGUGGAGACAGGCUCAGGACUAUCUCAGGAGGUUUUAUCCGUCCAACUCAGAAACGAGGGAGGCCGACAGCAUCGAAGCCAGACUCAAGCGGAUGCAGACGUUUUUCCGCCUGCCCGUGACAGGGGUCCUGACCCCCCGCCUGGUGGAAAUAAUGCAGAAGCCCAGGUGUGGGGUCCCCGACGUCGCCGACUACUCCCUCUUCCCAACCCAGCCAAAGUGGAAUUCCCAAGUCGUCACCUACAGGGUCAUAUCGUACACACGAGAUCUGCCGCGGGUCACCGUCAAUCAGCUCGUGGCAAAGGCUUUGGCCUUGUGGAGCAGGGAGAUCCCGCUGGCCUUCCGGAGAGUGUUAGCGGGGACGGCAGACAUCAUGAUUGGCUUUGCAAGAGGAGCUCACGGGGACUACUACCCGUUUGACGGACCGGGAAACACCCUGGCCCACGCCUUUGCGCCCGGGCCGGGGCUGGGAGGGGACGCGCACUUUGACGAGGACGAGCGCUGGACGGAUGGCAGCAGGAUAGGAGUUAACUUCCUGGUCACCGCGACCCACGAACUUGGCCAUUCUUUGGGCCUCGGUCACUCGUCUGAUCCCAAUGCCGUCAUGUAUCCAACCUACAGAGUCGGAGAGUCCAAGAAUUUCAGACUUUCACCGGAUGACAUCGAAGGAAUCCAGAAGUUAUACGGAGAGAAUAGCAAUUCGAGGAAGAACUAGGAACGUGGGGAAGAGUGGACGUUCAUUCCGUGGUCCCGUGGCUGCUCCCCAGCCGGAGCGAACGCACACGGUCCCCGAGCUCCGCUGGGCCCCUCGUUCGUCCCUCCCCGCGUCCCGGCUAGUUCCCACCCGCCUCGCUCUCCUGGGGAAAAGCACGAGAGCCUCCUUCCUCCAUGACUUUCCUCAAGAGCUUGCACUUGGUCAGUGGGAAUAAAUGUUAAAUACACAGAUAAAUAAAGUUUUUACUCUACGCAGAAGGAUUUCUAUCGGGAAGGAC